GGCUGCACAGCUUGCAACAGCAGUUCUGAGUGCCAGGCCUGCCACUCCCCAUACCUGCUGCAAGAUGGGCAGUGUUCAACAUCAUGCAAAUCUGGAAGCUUUGCCAAUGUGUUCAAUAAUAACUGCUACAAAUGUGGUGAACACUGCACGAGUUGCUCCUUGUACGAGUGCCACGAAUGCGUCCCGCCAAACCUGCUGCAGGAUGGCCAGUGCGUGGACAAGUGCAGCAAGGAUUACUUCCAAGCAAAGACGAUGGCAUCUGUUACUUCAAUAUGAAAGCACCCUCUCUGAGGAUCUUAGCUCCCUUGGUUGCUGAACACAACAGACCUCAGAUAAUCAAUGGCUCUAUCAUAUAUGUCCAAGAUGCUGACACACCCAACGACCGCCUGAAGAUCAUUUUAGUGGAACCACCCUCUAAUGGAGUCAUUUUCAAGGUCGGGGGUGGAAAGAAGACGGUCAUGAAGAAGGGGCAUCGAUUUGCAGUAGAAGACAUGCAUGAAAACAGAAUUUUGUAUAAGCAUGAAUCUAACCGUCCUCUGUAUGGGGAAAUGCGUCUACGUGUGACAGAUGGACAUUUUCGUUCAAGCGCUGAAAUGGUAUCUGUAAAUGUGAUCUCAAAAAAUCAGCCAGAGAUAGCGACCAAUGAACCUCUGAUUGCGGUCCGUGGUGGCAGCCAGGCCAUCACCAACAAAAUACUGGACAUCCGAGACCAAGACAAUAGUGAGAGUGUUACAGUGACAGUUGUUGAUGGCCCAAGACAUGGCCAUCUCUCAGUCAGAGGAGAAGAGUUGGUUUUGUUCACUCUUCAAGAAUUAGCAGAAGGUGUGGUUAUGUACACUCAUGAUGGCUCUAAUGUCACUACUGACAUGGUGCUUCUGCAGGCAUCAGAUGAACACACAGUGGUAAACUUUCUCUUCCAAGUGUACAUUGUGAAUCACGAGAAAAGCAUCCCUGUGUUGGUUAAGAAUCGAGGUGCUAAGGUUAAAGAAGGGCACCGUGUCCAGAUCUCCCCUCAGUUACUCCAAGCUGCAGAUAUUGACUCAGAUGAUGGCAACUUGGUCUAUGCCCUUCUUCCCAUGCUGCAAAACCCAGGUCAUGGCAAGUUGAUUUUGAUGAUCCCAUUGCCACCUGCCCCAGAUGGCUUCUACAAUGAUGGAUGGACACAAAUGGAUGAGUCACACCUUAUUCGACCAACUACCAGCUUUACCCAGCGUGAUGUGAAUGAGGGCCGAGUGUGGUAUAUUCACAUGGACAAGCAGGGGCAAAACAGUCUCAUCUCAGACCAGUUACUGUUCUCUGUGGCUGACAGCUCUCACCCGCCCAACAUCCUCUCUGAUCAGGCCUUUGUCAUCCAGGUUGAACCAUCCAAUGAACCCUCUGAAAUGUCUCCAACACCAGGUGUUCAGCUUGAUAUUACGGUCCAGGAAGGGCAAGCUGUCAGCAUCACCCCACAGUACCUGUCUUUCUCAGGUGGAAAGUCUCCAGAACACCUGACAUAUACCAUCACACAACCCUUAGGUCCAUAUGAUGGCUCACUCUUCAACAUCGAUUCACCAGGUCUUGAGUUAAGGCAAUUCACACAAGCUGACAUCAAUGAUAUGAAGAUAAUCUAUAUGCCCCCUCUUAGUGACAUUGGUGAUGAGGAUAAAUUCUUCAGCUUCAAAUUUGUGGUGAGUGACCAGAUGACAGGAGAGCCAAGUGGUUUGCCGGAACAGAAGUUCACCAUCCAUGUGGUCCCCUUCCAGGGCUCUCAGUUGGCCUUCACUCAUGAGAACCCAGAACUUACCAUUCAAAGUCGUGAUUCAGUGUUGCUUGAACCACAGUUCUUCGAGCUGAAAAACUUGGAUCAGAGUGAGGAGAUUGUGUUCAUCUUGCUAGAGGCCCCUCAGCACGGUACCAUCACUCAGGAGAUUGGUGGAGAAUCCUUCAUGUUUACAGAACAGGACAGUUUCAGCAGAGAUGAAGUACUGAAUUCCCGCAUAAUGUACACGCACGAUGGAUCCGAGUCAAGUUACGACUUCAUAGUGAUACUUGCCCUUGGCCAUUCCUCUGAAGCCAGCUCUAGGAUCUCUAUCACAAUCAGGCAUGAGGAUGACGGUCAGCCAACGAAGAGUGAAAACGCCUCCUUCUCCAUGACCCUGAGGGAAGGGGAAUCCAGAGUGCUUAGUAGGUUGCAACUUUACUUCACUGACGUUCACUCUCCUGAUGAGGACCUUGUAUAUACCCUUACGAGCCAGCCUCUGUACGGAUCUCUCACCAUCCUGCAGCCAACUGGAUUAUCUCAAACUCUCAACCAAACACACAAGUUCACACAAGCUGAUAUACUAUACGGUCUCAUCAACUACACUUCAAAUGUUGAAAUCGGGAUAUCGGAAGUCAUGGAGAGCUUGGUGUUUAACGUAACUGACCCCAAUAAUAAUGUGCUGAGUAACCAGGUGUUAAAAGUGAGGAUCCAGCCAGUGGACAACCAGGAGCCCAGAGUGACUGUGGGACCGGCAGUGGAGGUGAUGGAAGGGGGGAGUGUUGUGCUUCCCCCAUCCUCUGUCAUGGCUACAGAUGCCGACACUCCUCCCACGGAACUUAGGAUCAUUAUUGAUGCUCCUCCAAUAUUUGGAUACAUUACUAAUACACUUGCAGUCCCUUCCCUAGAGCCAAGAAGCAGUCCAGGAAAUAGCUCACCCAUGCUGGAAUUUGCCGUGGGUGAUGUCAUUGCUGGACGAGUGGCUUACGUGCAGUCCCAGCACCGUCAUCAGGAACCCACACAAGACACUUUACUGUUCCAUGUGACCGAUGGCAUCAACUCUUCUCCUACCAUGAAAAUGAAUAUCACAAUACAGCCUGUAAAUGACGAGUCACCGGUGAUUUUGGGAGAGCAGGUCAUACUGGAACAAGGCCAGACCGUCAUCAUCCGGAACCAGUCCCUCUUUAUAUCAGACACGGACACAGACCCAGAGGACCUCAUAAUCACUAUCCAGCAGUCACCUUCCCAUGGAUCUGUACACAAGAAGACAUCACCAUACGUGUCCAUUAAGAAGAGUGAACUGCUUAGUCGAGGCCAGAAAUUCACCUUCAGAAACCUGCUGGAUGAACUGGUAUUGUACAGUCAUGAUGGUUCCCGAGACCCAGAAGAUGUUAUGGAAAUCAUGGUAAGUGAUGGCAACCACGAAACAGGAGGCAUCAUCGAAUUCAUCAUUCUGCGGAAAACUGACGAAGCUCCACGACUGAGACUGAACCAUGGCCUCACACUGAAGGCUGGUGAGGUGUCUGUAAUUUCACCAUCUUCACUUAUGGCAGAGGACGAGGACUCUGACGUGGCCAAGAUAAAGUACGUCGUGACGAGACUUCCCACAUCAGGGAGUGUUGAACUGUUCGAACAGGAGGCAAACACUUGGAAGCCUCUCACUGUGGGCUCUGUUUUCAUGCAGGAAGAUAUCCUGAAUGGCAAUGUGAGGUUUUCCCACCAAAAAGACACUCAGGCAGGGACAGACACACUGCACUUCAACCUGCAAGACACAGAAGGCAACGUGAUGAUGGACCAGGCUCUCUCAAUCAUUGUGCUGGAAGACAAGUAUCCGCCUCACAUCACACUCAAUGUCGGUCUCUCACUCAUGGAGGAUGCUUCAGCUCCCAUAACUGCUGAUCUUCUGUCUGCCAUGGAUGCUGAGAUGGACCCAAUGGAGCUGACAUUUAUGCUGACAAGUGGUCCUAACCAUGGGCAGCUAGAGCUUGCAACAGCCCCUGGAAAAGCAGUGAACACUUGGACACAGGGAGCACUGGAGUUGGGAAUCCUGCGCUAUCAGCACCAGUCCGCAGAUGAGAGCCCGACAGAUCAAUUCACUUUCGUGGUUUCAGAUGGUUACAACAAUGCCAGCCAGUCUUUCCACAUCAACAUCAUUCCUGUGGAUGAUGAGCUUCCUCUUCUUGUGCUGAAUCACAUCAAGGUACAAGAAGGAACAAGAAAAACAAUAUCCCAAUUUGAGAUUGAAGCGUUGGAUGCCGAUACUAAAGAUGAUCUCAUUAUAUUUGAAGUCACAAGACAGCCUCGCCAUGGGAGAUUACAGAUCAAGAAAGGCAACAAACAUAUAGAUGCUAAGACAUUCAGCAUGAGGAACUUAUACAAUGGAGAUGUGUCCUACCUCCAUGAUGGCUCUGAUGCCUCUCGAGAUUCCUUCAAAAUCAAAGUCUCUGAUUCGACUAACAGCAUGUACAUGAAGGGGAGGGGAGAAGAGACCACGCAAGAACCCACCACAGUGCACAUUGAGAUCUCUUCUGUAGAUGAUGGAACUCCUAUCAUCACUGCAAACACAGGGCUGCAUUUUCUCCAACACGAAGAUGGCAAGGCUCAGAAUAUCAUAACAUCACAUGAGCUACACGUAGAGGAUGAGGAUACACCGCCCGAGAAUCUCAAGUUCACAGUUGUGGCUCCACCCAGUCAUGGUGUCCUCAGGCUCACUACUCAUGAACGCCCUGUCUUGUCGUUUACUCAAGCUGACAUCAUCUCUGGUCAUCUCUACUAUGAACUCACUACGUAUUCCCAGUCAGUAACAAGUGAUCACUUUACCUUUGAGGUAACCGACAGCAAGCCAAAUACUGUGACCGGAAAUGCUUUUCACAUUCAGUGGUCUUGGUUUGUUGUAGCCCAGAGGGAGUAUAAUGUAACAGAGUCUGAUGGAGAGGCAAAAAUACUAGUAAAGAGAACUGGAAAUCUAAAACAACCGUCAGUGGUCACCUGUACAACGCACACAGGGUCUGCCAGUGGUGGGAAGGGUAGGGCGAGAGGAGAGGACUUUACAGAAGUUGCAGAACCCAUAGAGUUCAGAGAAGGAGAGACAGAGAAGUACUGUACAAUACCAGUACAUGAUGAUGAGGAAUUUGAGGGGCCUGAAGUCUUCACUGUCAAACUCACAGAUCCAAAAUAUGCCUUGAUUGGGAAGCCUAAAAAAUCUGUGGUAACUAUCUUUGAUGAGGAAGACAAGCCAAAGGUAGAGUUUGAAACCAGUAAUUUUGCCGUAGACGAGACAGAAGGAUUUAUAUUUGCAAGAUUAAGACGCACAGGGGACCUCAAUGUUCCUGCAUCUGUUAUUUGCCUAACUAAGGAUGGAUCAGCUAAGGGAUCAGAACCUAAUCAGCUGACGAGUGGAACUGAUUUCAUUCACCGGAACCAUGACGAAUCUUCCAGAGUUGUAUUUCCUCCUGGUGUUAAGGUGUCAACUUGCAAUGUAAAGAUCAUUGAUGACCCUGAAUUUGAAGACAAUGAAGACUUCAUGAUAUAUCUAAAAGAUCCCUCAGAUGGGGUGAUUCUUGGGGAGACUCAUGAAGCAACAGUGAGAGUUAAGGGAUCCAAUGAUGACUGCAAAAUAAAGCUGACACAGACACACUACAAUGUCUCUGAGGGUGAAUCUGUAGUGUCGGUGACUUUAGAUAGGACAGGCAUUGACCUCAACUACUCCUCCAGUGUUUGGUGUGCAACCAAGUCCUUCCAGCCCGAGGAGGCCCAGCCCUCUCUGGAUUACGUUCCACACUCGGAACAAGUCAUCUUUCCUAGUGGAGUUCAGACUGCUGUUUGCAAUAUCAACAUUAUUGAUGAUAGAGUAAAUCCAAGACUUGAAGGACCUGAAAGAUUUGUGGUGUUUAUCAGCACAGCACAAAAUGCAUCUAUAGACUCCUCUGCUGCAGAAGCAGUUGUGACAAUACAGGAUGAGGAAGAUGCACCUUCCAUGCAGUUUACCCUCCCUGAAAUUAAAGUGAGAGAGAACCAGACUGUUGUGAAAAUACCCAUUCAACGUACAGGUGACUUAAGCAGAGUAUCAACUGUCCACUGCUUCACACGACAGCGCUCAGCAAAGGCAGGCAUUGACUUUAUAGAGAGACCAAACACAAAAGAUUCAAUGGUCACUUUUCCUAGAGGAGUCUCAAAAGUUGAAUGUGAAGUGGGCAUCCUGGAUGACUUAGUGUUUGAGAAAGAAGAGGAAUUCAUUGUGAAGUUAUCUCACCCCGAGUCCCCCUCACACCUACAGCCAACGAUGGGAGAAAAUAGAAUCACACGUGUCUCCAUUCUAGACUGGGAGGACAGGCCAAGGGUAUCCUUCCAGAGAAAUGAUUACACAGUGGCCGAGCCCUUGGCUGGGGAACUAACUUCAAAGUUUAAUGUUCCCAUCAUCCGGCUGGGAGAUGUUUCUCAGGUGACUCGAGUGAUGGUGUCUACUAGAGAUGGGUCAGCUGCUUCAGGCACAGACUAUCAUCCACUUCAUGCAGAGGUUGAAUUUCCUCCAGGCAACACCUCCAUUGACAUGGAGUUGACCAUUGUGCACAAUCCCUCACGUCAGUGGCAUGAGACCUUCAGCCUGGUGUUAGGACCUGAGGAACCGGUCAAUGCAGAGCUGGGAACUAUCACAACAGCUGCAGUGACCAUUCUCGACCACAAGUCUUCGGGUAGUUCUGUCCUGCCAGCACCACCGGUAGUGACAUCACUUUUGCACUACGACAACAUUGAGGAGCACCUUGGAGAGCCUGCAAGUCCUGGGUACCCACUGGUGUGUGUUACACCCUGUGAUCCCAAGUACCCAGAGAGUGCAAAGACAGCAGAAAUGUGUGCUCAGGCUGGACUGAAUGCCUCCCAGAUGCAGUAUUCAUGGGAAGUGGCUAUUCCUGCAGAUGGUGAUGGACUGCUUAUGCCAUUCCACUCACUCACAGAUGACACUCUGUUUGCCAGUCCAAACACCAAAGUCCUGGAUUCCAUGUUCUUUGCUAGGCACUUCCGUGUCCGUUGUGUAGCUCAACCUGUGCGUAGUGAUGGCGUGUUUGGCAUUCCCCUCCGGAGUAAACCAAUCUCUAUUGGAAUCCACAAUGGCAUAUGCCAAACACCACUAGUUCCUGGCCAGCCUGGAGGUUUCCAAAGCCAGUCCUUCAUAGCUACACUGUCAUACAUAAAUUCCACAGAUGAAAAGCAUCCAAAUACUGUCAAGAUCCAUGUUGAAAUACCUCACCAGGAUGGCAUGGUGCCCGUCGUCUCAACUCUCCCCGUCCACAACCUCCGCUACUUGCUGACAGAGCAGCUGUACCGUGUCCAUCACACCUGUUCUAACAUGGACCUCACAGCUGGAUUCUUGGCUGAGGCCCCAGAUCAGCAGCCCAUCAACCCCAGACCUUAUCAGAGUGACUUCAGGCUAAGAGAGAAAAAGUCAUUGGAGUUGUAUCAACACCUGGAUCUGAAGACUUGCAUGUGGACUUUCUCUGCUUGGUUCUCUAUGUCACAGCUGGUAGACCAGUGUGGUGGUCAGGUGGUCUCAGAUUUUCAGGUUGGAUCUGGUGGACAGAGUUUCUUAACGGUUCGUGUUCCUCUGUAUAUAUCCUACGUGUAUGCAGCAUCACCCCCUGGAUGGGCUUCUCUGGACCAUCGCACUGAACUCUCGGUAUCUUUCUACUAUAAUACUCUCCUCUGGCAUCAAGGUCUUCACACCCAACCAAUACUGACAGCUAAGAUACAGGUGACGAGGAUAUCCAUAGAUGAAUCUGGGCGGCUUGUGAUAGACCUGAAGACAGUAGCAAAGUUCCGAGGACAGUUCGUGCUGCAGCAUCCCAAUCUGGAAGACCACACCUCAAGGCUAGUGGCACCAGAGGACCUUGAGAUACAGUUCUCGCUGGAGUUGGUGUGGACGGCUUCCACUUGGGAUGGGCCAGAGCAGGUAUGGCGAGCCACCAGCGAAUAUAACUUGAAGGAUUACACGGGCAAGUACAAGCUGGAGCUCAUACCCUGCACGGUAACGCCCACGCAAGGCUACUCGGACAUGUCGCCACCCGCCUGCACCCCACACCCCCCCACGACGUUCCCCCUCCCCAUCGCCAUACAGCAGACUCACCGUCCUGUGCCUCUUAUUUACACGCUCAAUACAGACUUCCAGCUGUUCAAUAGCGAAACCAUGUUCCUCAUGGACCCCAAGGAUGUGGAUAAUUUGCAGGAAGUGGAUUACAAAGGAAGCUAUGGUCCAGGACAAACGAUAUACGGCAGAGUUAUGUGGCACCCAAGCCAAGACCUGCACUCUGCUUACAAACUCUACAUCCAGCGAGUGUUCCUAUGUACUGGUGCAGAGGGAUAUGUGCCUACCUACGACCCCACUGGUGAGCUGUACCAAGAAGGACCACAGUACGGAUGCAUUCAACCCUCGAGCAAGCUGCGUCACAGGUUCCUUAUUCUUGACCGAGAGCAUCCUUAUGUAGAAGAUGGCAACCUCAGUAUUCCAAAGAUCGAGGCCAACUUUGCCGAGGACCUUCCUGAAUAUGAGACUUUGCAUCAGUUUUCCGGUGUCGAUGGUUUCUUGCUAAAGACAGAUGCUCUGUAUGAGGUUAAUUCAGGUUAUCAGUGGUAUCUUCAGGUUCUGUAUACCAUUGGCCCGAGCAGUAGUCGCAGCCGAAGAGAUGCCCCAUUGCACACAGUCCUGUCUCAAUUCCAAUCAAAAGAGGACGACCUAGGACGAACACUCGUCAAAAGGACUCUCAUGGACCCGUCAGAAGAUUAUGUGGAAGAUGAAGUUGAAGAACUGCCAACGCCUGCUUUUCUCAGGUCCCUCCAUACACGUAAUGGAACAAAUAUGCGAGGUUUCCAGUUGGACACGGGUUCAAAAAUGGACGACAGUUCCAUUUUCCUCAAUGUGUUGUAUGUCAUUGUUGUUCUAGUUGUCCUUCUCGGCAUAAUUAUCGCUGGGCUGCUCCUGGUGAAGAGACAUUUCAGAAAGUCGGAAAAGGACAAAGUGAUUGUUGUGCGCAGCCUAAAGAACGAGAGAGAGCAGUUUAGAAGGAAGGGAGAAGGAAAGGUUCAAGAGAGACCAAAGACACUUCCACCUCACAUGACCCUGAACAGUGAGAGCAACUUACAGACAGUCAAGGUCAAAACAUUAGCAAUAACAGUAAGAAAUAAUUUGGAAGAUGAAGGAACUGAAGUGUAAAGGGGAAAUAGCAUCUUUAAGGUAAAAAAAAAAUAAUCAAAAGUUCCUCACAGGAUCAUGUCUGACAUGCUGCAAACAGUGUUAAGACUUUACAAAUACUGAGAUAGAGACUUUCGUAGUGACCAGACACUGAACAGUUGUGACAUGAAAACCUGAAGGAAAUGUUUAAAAACAGUGAGACUAAAAGGGAGCUUGAAUCUCCAUAAAUCACAGUUUCACUAGAAAGAAAAAGAAAUAAUUUUUUUACUGUAAAUAUAAAUGGUUUCAAAAUAAAGUAUCCAGAACCCACUGCAAGCUAUUGCUACUUUCGUGAAAUACUGAGAAAAGUUACAAUUAAGAUGUGACAUUAGAUUUUUGUGCUACAUUAUGAAGUUAACAAUUCACCAUAAAGCUUAUGUAAUUCAUUGAGGCUCUCUUUUCUUUUUUUGUCACUUUUUUUAUCAUCUUUCACUUUCUUGAUUUCUUUCUUAAAUCUACUCUGGUGCCCUCUAUACUUUUUUUUUACUAAGUACCAAUGCAUACUUUUGCUGUGGACAAGUUAGCAUUUAAAUGAGUUUGGCAUCACCCUAGUCUUAUGUGCAAAUGUUCCAGGCUUGUUAGUUACCAAUAACUUGCUUUAUUGUAUGGCUACAUUGUCAAUAGUAAGCCUCAAACCACUUAUUAUCAUAAUGAAGAAUUUUGCCUUGUACCAAAUUAAAAACUGUACUGUCAGUCAAGGCACACUAUAUUAUACUAUAGUGUCCACACAUUCCCAGUGAGUGCAUUAACAGUUAUUCAAGGAUUUCAGCAAACAGCAGCCUGAACUUCAUCUGAUCUCACGUGAUAUGUUUGCAGGUGAUGUAAAUCCAUAAACUGCAUUUCUCUUUUUACCUUAUGAAGUUCAGCACAAAUUAAUCAACACUUAUGUGUAAUUUCCACUACUAGUCGGUAUCUCCCUUAAGGUCUGAGCUGUGUUGUAGUUUGUGGGCCUCUAUUUUAUAUGAUAUGAAUCUAUUAGUGCCAUACAGUUGUGUUCCUAUGCCAUUAGCCUGUCCAGUUUACUUGACUGCAUUUACUUGAAAAUAAGGUUUGAAAAAAUAAAGGAAAAUACAAACAACAAUAAAGAGGGUGAAAGCAGAGAAGAGUAAUAUAUAGAGAAAAGAAAGGUCUUCAUAGAACUUAUUUCUUUCUUCUUUACAAAAGAGUCGUUGUAAUUUUGUGUUUCAUAUGUUACUAGUAGAAAACUGAAGACAAAGCUCCAUGUGUUUUUUUUUAUGAUCAAAUGAAGUUCAACUUUAAGUAUUUUAAUAGGUUUACAGAUAUCAAAAUGCAUUUAUUUCCAUCACAUGAAAAACAUUUGGUUUAGUUCCUUGUGCUUUUGUAAUACAUUUCUGUGAAAGUGUAUCAAUGAAAUCAAAUUGCUAUUCAUCAAAUUUGUGAGAUGUCAUAAUAAUAAUAUGUACAAGGACAUAAUGCAGAUAGCAAGUUCCCUUUAUAAUCACAUUGAGUUGAGUGUUUAUAACACUGGAAUGAGGUUGUGAGAUAAUAAACAGCAUUUAAUGCUUUUACAGAUUUCCUUCUAUACCCAUGUUGAGUAUGGAAUAAGAUCAUAAUUUUCUUAUGCUUUGCAAAAUGAUACUCACAUCUGUGAAACUAUGAACAACUUCAUGUGAAAAAAACAAGCUUACACCUAAUCUACCUUAUAUUCAAGUAAAUACAGUGCACAUCUAUUUUUUAUGUUUAUUUACUACAUCCAUAAAUCAUGUUAGGGAUAAUGGCCCAUUUGUUGUAGUCUCAAACACAUUUACUGUUUAACCCUGCAGAAGUAUAGUCAUGCAAUGCAGGCAUAUUGAAUUUACUGAACAAUGCUUGCAGGUGCUAUAUCUAGUUCAUUUACCAUUGGAUAUUAAGAGUAAUCAACACAAUUAAUGUCUAGGCACAAAGUUUAUGCUGCUGGUUCUGUGUACAAGUUUCUGCAUUUAAGAGAACCAUCACCAUUCUGAGCCAGUCUGAACCUGGUUGUCUUAUAAGAGGACACUUUACCACUUAAUCAUUCUCUCAGGUGUAAGAAGACACUGCCAUUGUAAUAACUGAUAUUUGAAUGUUUAUUUAUUUAAUAAAGAAUGAAUAUUAGUUUUGUUUGUCCUACAUUAUGUCUGUAUAUGAAAAAAAAUAAACUAUAGGACAACUACACACUUUCUUAAAUUUGAAGAUAAUACUUGUGACUGAUUGUAGCAUGAGUCUGUAUUCCAAGAGAGAGAAAAAAAAGUUCGUAAGAUUGUAAAUAUAUUCCCAAUGUUCAUAUUUUUUCACAUAAACCUGAGUAAAUGCCUAUGGAAGUAAUAUCUGUGCAAUAUUUUAGACAGACGGACAGACAGAUAACCUUUGGCUUCCAAACCCAAAAAACAUAAAAAAAAACAAUAAAUUCUUUUUGAAUAA